AAUAAAAAGCAAACAAUUAUGAAAAAUAAAUUUUGUUUUCAAUUGAAAUAUUUACACAUUAAUAGUUAUUUUUUUAAAUUAUAAUAAAAUGAAGACGAUUUCAGCACCCGAGGCGGACAUGUUGCUUGUAUCGCAAAGCUCGCGCAAUCAACGUAAAUCAAUAAUGAAUUUUGCACCCAAGAUCGGAUUAGCAAUAGUUGAUUAUGGGCGUUUACAAGAAAUUGAUAAUUUUUAUCUGGAUUGUCAAAAUUUUCGUGACUAUUAUCGUGAUCCUUAUAACAAACUGCCACGGCCCCAGGCAUUUAAAAGGCACUAUGGUAAAUGUGGUGGUAAUCGUUAUCCUGAUAAAUGCAGUAUACAACUAAUGCAACCGCCCCGUUGGGUGGCUGAAAGACAACCAGUUAUUUAUCCAUUAAAUUAUCGUAGGCAUAUGGUUUUAGACGAAGGAAUACGUUUAGGUGGUCUAUACGACCCCGCUGCAUGCAUAAAAUAUAAACAUUGAAAAUUAAAAUAAAAAACAUUUUAGCAUCGUCAAGAGCAUCAAAUUUUCUUAACUAUUGCUUUUAAUAAUAUUCGUAAUCAUUUGUUAACCACCCAAUUUCUUUAAUAAAGGGUUUAGUCAUCAUCGUGUUAUUUUGUUGGUAGACUUAUUAGGAUUUAGCCAUACAAACAGCCAACUAACCGAUAUUUGAUGGAGUAGAGGGGAGCCAGCGCGGCAGCAAAGGCAGGUGAUGUCACUGUCAUUUGCAAUUAUACCGCACCUCUUGCAAUUUUUUCCAACAAAUUUUCCUUUUG